AAACCCCCACUCAGAUUAAUAAAAAAGCGAUCGAGGACCAAUAUAAUCAAAAAAGAAACAAAAGAAAUGAUUUGCCAAACAAACAAGAUAUAAAAAAGCUAUACGACUUUCUGAGAUCAAAAAUGCUGGACUCAAUUGCAGUAUUAACGGAAAAAUUUGAUUUAAACGCUUGGAAGAAUCUCGUUGAGACAACCUUAAUAUGUAUCCAGGUGUUUAACAGGAGAAGAGCAGGAGAAAUAGAACGAAUAACUAUUGACAAUUUUACCAAUAAAGAAGAAAUUACAAAUUGUUUGGAGGCAGGUCUUCUUGACAAUAUGUCAGAGGAGUCAAUUCAAUUUGCCAAACAAUUUGUAAGAAUAUCAUUGAGGGGCAAAUUAGGAAGAACAGUCAGCGUAUUAUUGGAUCCGAUGUGUAUAAAGGCUGUGCAACUUAUUUUAAAAUUUCGCAAAAAUGCUGGUAUAAAAAAUUCGAACCCAUAUAUAUUUAGCGCUCCAGCAACAUCAAACUUGUCAAAAAUGUACUACAGAGCGUGCCCAUUGUUAAGAAAAUACGCAAACGAAUGUGGAGCUUCCAUGCCUGACAAUCUAAGAGGCACAAAAUUGAGGAAACAUAUCGCCACAUACACGUCCUUAUUAAAUGUCCAAGAAGCUACUGUUGACAGAUUAGCCAACUUCCUAGGCCAUCAUAAAGACAUACAUAAAAACAUAUAUCGAAUGCCUGUUCCAAUGGCCGAAAUAACGACAGUCUCUAAAAUUUUAUUAUCUGCUGCUGGUUGCAAUACAAUCAAGGACAUUGAUGUUCAAACUUUGACCCUAAAUAAAAUAAAUGAGGAGGAUAUUGAAAUUCAUAAUACCAUAGAAGACGAAGGGUUACUUAAUGAAUCGUCAACAUCAGAAAUAUCAUCUACAUCAUCAACCAUUGAAGUUUCAAAAAAUACUAAUUCUUCUAAGUUAAAAAAACGUAGCACUUCUCCGUUCGGAAAAACAAAACGCACUAGAUGGUCUGAAGACGAAAGACAAGCAAUAACAUCGGCUUUUGGAGAUAUUUUAAGCUUAGAAAAGUUGCCUUCAUUGAAUGAAUGCAAAAAUGUCAUAAAUAUUUACGGAAGUCUCCGAAAUAGAAAACCGGCUCAGGUUAAAGCCUGGAUAGACAACCAAAGAAGAAUUUUUCGCUCUUCUAAACCGUAAAUAAAGUUUUUAAUACAGUGAGUUUCAGCACAUAUUAUUUUUAUUGGAAUAAUCUUUAGAAAACAAACACAUGUGGAGUUUGCUCGAAAGAAAAUGUUUAGUAGAACUAAAUGGUAAAUUAUAUUAUAUAUACUCAACUCUAAUCAUUCAAUCCUUGGAAAUUACAUGAACUACAUUCACUGCAAAACAGUGUUUACAAAACCUAGCUAAACAAAAUUACAAUUUUCAACUCCUUCGGACUACAAGAAUAUAUUUUAUAACGCUGCUAUUUUCCUUUUUCCAUUUUCUUACACAUUGAUAUAAACAGUUAAUACAUUUAACAAAAUGUUAACAAUUCUUGGUCAAUACAUAUACGAUAAAUUCGAGUGCACAUUUCUAGUAUAUAAACGCGAUUGCGACAAACAAAUAUUUUGUAAACUGUGUUUGUACACAUUUAAAAAAGUUUAUAUCUUCAAAAACUAACUAAUAUAUGUAAGACACAUAUAAAACCAUAUUUAAAAAAAAUGUGUUCUAUCAGUAUCACUAUUUUCAUUCAAAAUAUAUAAAUGAAUAAAAAGUAUUUUUUUAGUAUUUUUUUUGUACAAGUUUAGUAAAAGUAUUUUCCAACAUGUAUGUAUAUGCCUAUAUAAAAAGCAAUACAAAUCAAACUUUUUUGUAUUUUUGAAGUUUAUAUCUUCAAAAACUAAAUAAUAUAUGUAAGACACAUAUAAAACCAUAUUUAAAAAAAUGUAUUCUAUCAG